AUGUCAUUCAAGUUAUGGCUACUGGAUGAGGAAACAAUAUACGAGCACGUGUUCGAACGGUACAUGCAAUUGGAGGGCCAAUCCGGGAAACUGCCCCAGGAUUUGGGUAUUCAGGAUAGAAGCGGUUGUGUGUUAGAGAUAGCGAUUGAACCCUCUGGGCUGGAAAGCGGUAAAAAGAAAAAGCGAGUGAGAAGAAGAAAUAAGGCUGACGCUUUUGAAGAAGAUCGGGAGGUCGCUGUGGACAGCUAUCAUGUUAGUGUGGAGCAAUCCAUAUCGAGCUUACACUCGUCCAGGGACAACGGCAACUCCACCACAGGAUACGUUUUAUGGUCUACGACACCUUUCUUCAUCAACUGGCUGCUGUAUAAUGCUAGCGCUGCACCUUUCCGUCUUGGUACACAGGUAGAAGUAGUCCGCGGAUCUCCUUGUGAGGGGCACAUGCUUGAGUUGCCUAAGCUGAUCGACCUUACAGGCGCUGAUCACAGCAAGAGAUGUAUCUUAGAACUUGGAGCAGGAAUAGCAGGUAUUCUACCCGUGGUUCUUGGUAACUUCGUCGACAUCUAUGUGUCAACAGAUCAGAAGGGCAUUCUUAAUAAACUGAAAGAUAACAUAAUGGAAAAUCUUUCGCAGUUGACCAGAAAGCAGUGCAUUUCCGAGUCACUAAGAUUGGAACUUCCGACCCUCGAACCAGUUGACAAUGGCGCCACCGCCACAAAGUCGGCCCUACCUAAAUCUACAUUGAAUUUGGAAGUAGCUGCUCUCGACUGGGAGAAGAUAAACUUGCAAGACAAAAAGACACACUCUCUGCAUCCUGAGUUGUCACUCAUAGGUGAAACAUGCUCCUCCGUAUAUGUUAUAGCUAUGGACGUCAUAUACAACGAGUACCUCAUAGAUCCGUUCCUGAAGACGCUCGAGCAACUUAAACACUGGUUCCGAAUAACCUACAGCCUACAAUUCCACGCCCUCGUGGGAAUACACUUGCGUUCACAAGAGGUGACAACACUGUUCCUGGAGAAAGCAAUCAUAGAACAUGACUUCACGGUUUACGAUAUCAUUGACCAGGUCCUACAGGAGUCUCGCUUCAAUUUUUAUCUUAUUAGCUAG